AUGCGGGAACGGCGCCGUCGGCGCACCGGUGUUGUCGUCGCAGGACCCCAUCAAAAAGCCAAUCCCGGGCUAUCGCCCUUCAGUCUUUGCGUCUUCCCACGCGUGGGCAGGGCCGUGGCGCCGCGCGGUGCCUUCGGCCCGGCGCCACCACGGCCCCGCCCCUUCCCAGCUGGUAACCUCGACCCCGCAGGGGCGACACACAUCUAUAACUCGACCCGGCGGCGAUACACAUCUAUGGGGGCGAGUUAUAGAAUCUACAUCGCGUACAUACGGCGACGCGGACGCCCUCUGGGACGAUCACGCACUUGGCGGAAGACGCUACUACUCCGUUCUGGGGCGCGACCCGCGCCGCCGACUGUACACGGCACGUUACGGUAUCCCGCGGCGCGC